AUGAUCCGUUUUUCUCAUUCCAUCCUUAAUUUUUCUUUUCCUUUUUUUAAAUUCCUUCCGUCUGUCAUUUUUGUUCGUUGGUUUGUUUUUUGUUUCUUUCUUUCUUUCUUUUUUCUUUCUUUAUUUCUUUCUUUCUUUCUUUCUUUCUUUCUUUCUUUCUUUCUUUCCAUUAUGUUUUGUGAUUCGUUUUCCUUUCUUUCCAAUAUAACUCUUUCUUUCUUUCUUUCUUUCUUUCUUUCUUUCUUUCUUUCUUUCUUUCUUUCUAUUAUGUUUUGUGUUUCGUUUUCCUUUUUUUCCAAUAUAACUCUUUCUUUCUUUCUUUCUUUCUUUCUUUCUUUCUUUCAUUUCAUGAUCCUUUUCUCCUUCCUUCUUUCGUUUUUCUUUUCCUUGUUUUUAAUCCCUUCCUUCUGUCAUUUUCUCUCCUUUUUCUUUCUUUCUUUCUUUCUUUCUUUCUUUCUUUCUUUCUUUCUUGUUUUCUUUCUUUCUUUGUUUUUACUUCUUUCUUUCUUUUUUCAUUUAUUUCUUUCUUUCUUUCUUUCUUUCUUUCUUUCUUUCGUUCGUUCGUUCGUUCGUUCGUUCUUUCUUUCUUUGAACACUUUCAGUCUUUUUCCCUUCAUUUGUCAUCACUUAUUUCCUAUUCUUAUUUUCCCUUUCUUUCUUUCUUUCUUUCUUUCUUUCUUUCUUUCUUUCUUUACAUUUUCUUUCAGUCUUUCUUUCUUUUCUUUCAUUUCUAAUUACUUCUUCCCUGUUUUCCUUUUUCUUCAUUCUUUUAUCUUUCUUUCUUUCUUCUUUCUUUCUUUAUUCGUUUAUUUCUUAGUUUUUCAUUUCUUUUUUUCUUUCUUUCUUUCUUUCUUUCUUUCUUUCUUUCUUUCUUUGGACACUUUCAUCUUUCUUUCUGUUCUUUUAUAUCUAAUUACUUCUUCCUUGUUUUCCUUUUUCUUCAUUUUUUUAUCUUUCUUUCUUCUUUCUUUCUUCAUUCGUUUAUUUCUUAGUUUUUCAUUUUUUCUUUCUUUCUUUCUUUCUUUCUUUCUUUCUUUCUUUCUUUCUAUCUUUCUUAUCACUUCUUCCCUGAUUUCCUUUUUCUUCCUUCUUUCUUUCUUUCUUUCUUUUUACGUUGUUUCAGUCUUUCUCUUUUUGUCAUUUGUAAAUAUUUCUUUCCUGAAUUCCUUUUUCCUCCAUUUUUUUAUGUUUCUUUCUUUCUUUAAUCGUUUAUUUCUUACUUUUUUUCAUUUUCUUUCUAUCUUUCUUUCUUUUGACUUUCUUUCAGUCUUUCUUUCUUUUACUCCAUUUGUAAUCACUCCUUUCCUAUUUUCCUUUUUUCUUCUUUCUUUAUUUCUUCCGUAUUUUCUUUUUCACUUUUGUCGAUAUUUUAUUCUUUUUUUCAGGGUCUUGAAAUUUUAA